GUGGUAUUAGAUGCCCAUGUAUUGUGGUCCUGUAGUAAAGCACGGGAAGGAAAAAGCCCCACGUCACCAAAAAGGGAAAUUUUUCUUGGCUUCGAAUUCCUCUCCAGUAUACGGCGUUCCUCACGAUAACCGCCGCAAGAAACACCAAAAAUACAAGCCAGCUCCCAGAUCAACCAGUAGCAAUCAACCUCUCAAGAUCGACAGACUCACUCCCGCUGCAAGCUCCCGUUCGCUAGCAGCCGAGAAAAAGAGAACCCAAAGACAAAAAAAUCCCCACACCCCAUCAGCCACAGGUGACCAGUCAAGAAAGCUCCCCGCAGUUCACGAGGGCAUCAUUCAGACCAAAGCACGGCCAUAAACCUGUACUCUGUACAGCGUACAGGACCAUCGCAAGCAAGGAGUCAAUCGCGAUAGCCGCGAUCUUUCGCGUGAUCAAGGGUCAUUUCCCCCNCACC